AUGUAUGAGGAUGAAAGAACAAAGUGUGAAUACAGAUAUUCAAUAUCACUAAAAAGCUGCUUUGAAAAACUGAAAAUUACUAACAUUAAGAAUGGGAGGGCUCCUACUGACUUUAAUAGGAAUAAAUUUGUCACACAAAAAAAUCAAACGAGCCAAACUAGAGAUGAGCCUGCUCACAGCCUGGGGGACCUUGAACAAAAAUUAAAGAAUUCAGAUUCCCUGUUCCUGCUGGAUAUUUUGCAAAAGCAUGAGUCUACAGCAGCAGAACCCUUAGAUGAAUUAUAUGAAGCACUAGCAGAUACUUUAUUUAAAGAAGAAUCUACCCACUGUUAUAAGAACUACUUACUGCCCACAGGAGAAUCUAUUACACUUUCAGAGACUGUGGCAAUUAUCUCACAGGGAACCACAGGACUUGUCACAUGGGAUGCUGCCCUUUAUCUUGCUGAAUGGGCAAUAGAGAAUUCUACAGUUCUCAAUAACAGGACAGUCUUGGAAUUAGGAAGUGGAAUUGGCCUCACAGGAAUAGCAAUCUCCAAAGCCUGUAAUCCAAAGGCAUAUAUAUUUAGUGACUAUCAUCAGUGUGUCCUUGAGCAACUGAAAGAAAAUAUCUACUUGAAUGGCUUUGUUUUGGAAUCCGAAGACGUGAAUUGCACCAAAAUGCAAUCUAGAGACCAAACAGCCAAAAGAGUGGGUUUCCAAGGACCAAAAGUAGCUGUUGCAGAACUUGAUUGGGAAUCAGUUACACAAGAGCAGCUUUGGGAACUUCAUCCAGAUGUUGUCAUUGCAGCAGAUGUGGUCUAUGACCCAGAGGUAACUUUAUGCCUAAUUGGCGUACUACAAAAGCUUUCUGCUUCCAAAGCCAAAGGAAAAAAUCCCGAAAUCUACAUUGCCUUCACGAUUCGUAAUCCAGACACAUAUCAUCUGUUCCAGACUGAACUUGGUAAAGUUGGGAUUGGAUGGCAUGUCAUUCCUACUCAGAAGAAGAACCUGUUCCCAUAUGACACACAUUCAGACAUCACUAUUCUACAAUUACUUUUAUAAACCCAGUGUUAUUGCUAGGAGUUAACAGAUUAAACUUGAAAAAACCUAGCAUUAUGUCCCCACAAGCAGGAGCAUGCAGUUGCCACGGGGAAAAAAAGAGUACAAAUUUGUGCCACUGCUUUUUGCCCCAGCAAAAAGCCCCAAUAUAUGGGAUUAGUGUGAGGAAAAUGCUCUGGAUGGGGUAGGGGAGGCUGGGGCCAGCACCUGGCUGUCCCAGCAGCCUUACCUGGGGUCCUGAGGGCCUCUAGCAGUAGUGAUCCAGGCUCAUGGAGCUUUGGCCAGCCAGGCUCCAGUUUCGGGUAGCACAAGUGCUUUUUUCCCCUCUGUGUGCUUUUUUUAAUAUACCAGAAUUUCCUGGUAUCUAAAUUUGGCUCUGCGCUGCGGAUAUGCAGCAUGGAUAGCCAAAUCACCUGUGGCUGGUGCGUUUUGCAGCACCUCAAAAGCCUUUGAGGUGCCUCAAAAAUGCACAUGUGCACUCAUGUGAAUGCAGCCCAGUUGAUUAUGCAACUGAGCUCAGAUUCUUUAGCUGUACUUGAUAAGGAGGCUCAGGAAGCAAAUUUGGACACUAUUACCCAUUCAUUAAGAUCAGUCCUGCAACAUGUGGCAUUCAGCAAGAUACUCUACCAUGGUCCUAAAAUCAUUAAUGUUUUUCCUGUAGGAAAUGGUUGUUUUAUAUUAAAGAAACAUUUCUAUUU